AAUAUUCAAACCACCGCCGUCGACUCUUCCAAGGCCAUCAACACCGUUCUUGAGAGCCGCCAGCUUCAACGAUUUGUAGUUGUGUGCUCAGAGAACCCGUUCGUCUUCACCAUCCGUGCCGACACCGCCUACUGUGGAGCCUCAAAGAAUGGGCACAACUGUCACGCCUUUGCAAUGUGA